GUGCCUUCCGGAAGGGAGCCAGUCCUCCACGGUGUGCUCUCCCCCCUCUUCUGUGAGAUCAGCUCAGCCAUUGAUGCUCCCUCCUUUGCCAUCUCUUUCCUGGGUCUGCCAGUUCUUCUCCUUCAGAUAUCUUCUGGUGGGAGAAGGGAGAAUAUCUUCUUCUAGUUUGGAGGCAUUCCAGAUGUACAGAACAAAGAUGGAAGGGCAAGAGCCAGCUGCUGCCCAUUUAGAAGUAUUUUGUUCUACUGUUAAGGCAGAGAACAAUAGAGCAUUCUGGGAGGACCCUUGGAGGAAAGACCAGAAGAAGAGUGAAGGUCUGUUCCAUUCAGACCUUCAGCGCCAGUGCUUCCGGUGUUUCCGCUAUGAGGAGGCCUUGGGGCCUCGAGAGGUUUGUAGCUGGCUCCACUCUCUCUGCCGCCUGUGGCUGAAGCCCGAGCAACACUCCAAGGCGGAGAUGCUGGACCUGGUGAUCCUGGAGCAGUUCCUGGCCGUCCUUCCUGCGGAGAUGGAGCGCUGGGUGAGGGAAUGUGGGGCAGAGACCAGCUCUCAGGCCGUGGCCUUGGCUGAAGGAUUCCUCCUGAGUCAGGAAGAGGAGAGGAAGCGGGAGAAGCUCCAGGUGAGAGAGAUUGAUUCAUCUUGUCAUUUCAAGGAACCAAGAAUAAUUGUUUUGAAGGAUAAUGUAAAACUCUUCUAA